AUGGGCUCAUCUAGUAACCAUCACCAUCCAGAGGAGCAUUCUCCGUCACCUCUCGCCGAAUCCUCCGAUCUAGCUGAAACAAUGAGUGGUCCAACUAGAGCAGUGGGAGCUUCAUCCAGUAAACCUGACGGUGAAAUUUCCAGGAAUCUUGCAAAAUCCGGCGAAUCUUCUGCUUCUCCCGUCUCCGCUGAACGGCCGGAAGUAUCAGGCGAUGCCGGGAAUGAGCUGAACGAGACGGUUGUCAGUCAAGCAGACAGCGAGGUAGCCGGUCAGUCAGGAGGCGAAGACGGAAGCCGUCGCCGAACUCCGUUUACCGAGAACAGCCAGUUGGAGGCCGACUUGGCUCUCGCUCGUGCGAUUCAGGAACAGGAGUGUGCUUUUAUGAUGCUUUACCACCAGCAAGCAUUAGCAGCAGCGUCCACGUCAGCCUCGGGUUCUCGCGCUGGUGCUAGAAGCAGCUCCAGACGGCUCCAAGGCCGUCAAGACCGUCAGGACCGUCAAGUCCGUCAGACAGGCUCGUCGGUAGAUAAUCCCAUUGUGCUUCUGAGCGAGGGAGAGGAGCUCGAGGCAGACGAUCCCGAUGACGAGGAGGAAUUCGCGGAUGCGGACGACGAUGAGUACGGCGAAUGGGAGGAAGCCAGCGAAGACGAUGGCGAAACGGGCGAAGAUGGCGAAAUGGGCGAAACUGGCGAAAGAGGAGGCGAGGCUGCGAACGAGCCGGGUCGCGAGUCAAGUUGCACCAGAAGUACGUCGUUGCAGCGACAGCUGUUUCAGAACGGCGGCAGCGAAGCCGAGACCUUUGGAAACACGUCAGGUGUCCUCAGGGGAGAAGCAGCGCGGCAGGGAGCUGGGGAAGGAGAGGAAGGGAGUGCAGGAGGGGAGGCAGGGGAUGCAGGGGAGGGAGGGGAGGGAGCGUACGAGGACGACGAAGCGUUUGCUCGUGCGCUGCAGGAGGAGGAAGAGCGCGAGAUGGCUCGCAGGCUGUUCGCCAUGGCUGGGCUGCAACUGAGCGAUGGCCGAGGGUCGAGCUCGAGGAGGAGAGCGGAGAUGCUGGCAGCAGCGCAUGGUGUCGCGUGGCCUUUCGGCGAGAGAGAGGGUGAUGAGGAGUCGGAGGAGGAGGAUUCAGAGGAGGAGGAUGGGGAGGACGAGGAUGCUCUCGAUGUGGACGAGAUGACUUACGAGGAGCUGACUGCUCUGGGAGAGGUGAUUGGAACAGAGAGCAAGGGGUUGGCACAAGCAACCAUUGACGUGCUGCCACGUGUUGCAUACAGCACCAAGACCCCCCUGAGGCGAGGCGAGGACAUGUGUGCCAUUUGCCAGCUGGAGUAUGAGGAAGGGGAGGAGUUGAUGUUACUGCCACCGUGCCACCAUUCAUACCACGAGGCCUGUGUCCUGCAGUGGCUGGGGCGGAACAAGGUCUGUCCUGUCUGCAAGGAGGAGACGCGUCGAGAGCAGUCGACGAGCGAAAAACGCGGCCAGAGGACAGCGGCCAGGCAGGCAGAGGCGGAUCACGCGGCGGCCAUGCAGCAUGAUGACGUCAUCUGGGGCCUUGUCGGGAAAGGUCCCUGCAGUUACCGAGUCAAGCAGCAAACGGACACGUUCUGCAGACACCCGUUCAACUUAAACGCCAUCUGCAAACGUGGCGUGUGCCCAUUGGCCAACAGCCGCUACGCUACAGUGCGCGAACACGACGGCGAGCUGUUUCUCUACAUGAAGACCAUCGAGCGAGCACACAUGCCCAACAAGCUCUGGGAGCGUGUGAAGCUUCCAAGAAACUACACCAAGGCACUGGAAGCAGUGGACAAGUUUCUGCAAUGGUGGCCGCCUCGUAUGGUCUCACUGGUGAAGCUCCGGUUGACUCGGUUGACCCAGUACCUUAUUCGCAUGCGGCGACUCGCCGUCAAGAUACAGCCCAAGCUCGUCACUAUGCCGACGAAAAUGAGGAAGAGGGAUGAGAAGCGGGAGGCCAAGGCAGAAACGGCUGCCAAGAUUGACAGAGCCAUUGAGAAGGAGCUGCUACAGCGGCUACAGAGCGGAACGUACGGCGAGCUUUAUAACUUCCCGCUGAAGCAGUUCCAAAAGAGGAUAGAGGAGGAGGAGAAGGAGGAGCAGGAGGACGGCCCAGUCAAGAAGAGAGUGAAGGUGGUUGGAGGGGAGGAAGGGGUGGAGGACAGAGAAAUGGAAGAAGAGGAAGAGGAAGAGGAAGAGGAAGAGGAAGAGGAGGAGGAGGAGGAAGAGGAGGAAGAGGAGGAAGAGGAGGAGGAUUAUGAGCCUCAGGUGGAGUUUGUUGAGGGGUAUGAUUUAGAGGAGGAGGAGGAUGAGGAGGAGAUUGAAGAUAUGGGGGAUAGACUGGCGUUGCCUGGGCGUGGGAGAAGGGGAGAGGAGGAUUACAGUGAGGAGGAUGAGGAAGAAGAAGAGGAGGAGGAGGAAGAGGAGGAAGAGGAAGAGGAGGAGGAUGAGGAGGAGGAGGAGGAUGAGGAGGAUGAGGAGGCGGAGGAGGAAGCAGAGAUGGAGUUUGAAAGGAGUGUGCAGGCGAGAUGGGGGAAGCAGCAGGCGGCAGCAGGAAAGGGGGCAGCGGCAAGGGCAGGGGCAGGGGCAAGGAAGGGUGGUGCUGCCGGUGCUGGUGCUUCUGCUAGAGGAAAGGGGGCUGCAGCAGGCAAAGCUGGAAGAAGAAGACACAUCGAGGCUGGCUGCUUGAGCCUUGAGAGAGGGAAAAGGAUUUGUGAAGCACUUGUGACCAAUUUCGCUCCGGUGUUCUCCUUUUCGUCCUCUCUUCUGCCUUCCCCUCCCCUCCUCUUCUGUCCCUUCACCUGCUACCCUCCUUUCCUCUUCUGUCCCUUCACCUGCUACCCUCCCCUCCUCUUCUGUCCCUUCACCUGCUACCCUCCCCUCCUCUUCUGUCCCUUCACCUGCUACCCUCCCCUCCUCUUCUGUCCCUUCACCUGCUACCCUCCCCUCCUCUUCUGUCCCUUCACCUGCUACCCUCCUUUCCUCUUCUGUCCCUUCACCUGCUACCCUCCUUUCCUCUUCUGUCCCUUCACCUGCUACCCUCCUUUCCUCUUCUGUCCCUUCACCUGCUACCCUCCUUUCCUCUUCUGUCCCUUCACCUGCUACCCUCCUUUCCUCUUCUGUCCCUUCACCUGCUACCCUCCUUUCCUCUUCUGUCCCUUCACCUGCUACCCUCCUUUCCUCUUCUGUCCCUUCACCUGCUACCCUCCCCUCCUCUUCUGUCCCUUCACCUGCUACCCUCCCCUCCUCUUCUGUCCCUUCACCUGCUACCCUCCCCUCCUCUUCUGUCCCUUCACCUGCUACCCUCCCCUCCUCUUCUGUCCCUUCACCUGCUACCCUCCUUUCCUCUUCUGUCCCUUCACCUGCUACCCUCCCCUCCUCUUCUGUCCCUUCACCUGCUACCCUCCUUUCCUCUUCUGUCCCUUCACCUGCUACCCUCCUUUCCUCUUCCCCCUACUUUUUCAUCCUUUUCCACCCGUUCUCAUUCACUCUGGAGUAUGA